GCCCAUGGUGCACUAGGACAAUACCAUCUAGAAUUAGGGAUUUGCUAAACCCUAAACCCUUGUUACCAUCUUCACGUAGCUAUGGCGAAGAACAGAAACAAGAAGACCAGAAAUGGUAUAGCUGCUAUGGAUGUAUCCUCUGACCAAACUGUUACAAGUCCCCAGGCAAUGGAUACUUCAGAAUCAGCAGCUCCAAAACCACAUAUAGGUGGAUCACAUAGAAAGAUGAAGGGAGUCCAAAUGAAAAGGACGAAGAAUGUCAGGAAAAUGAAGGCCAUUGCAAAGGCUAUUUCAAAAAAUGAGAAAUUGGAGGAAAGAAUCACGAGGACAGAAACCAAGAUAGAGAGAACUAAAGAUGCCAAAAAGUUAUAUGAGUGAAUGGAUGAUUCUUUAUUCUUAUUAAUUAUGAAUGCGUGAUGAUUUAAUUUUGUUCAUGUUCUCUCCAAGGGUGUGUUAAUAGUAAAAGUCAUCACUUCUUCAUUUCUA